AUGUUCCAACUUGGGAGCCUCAUUGUCUUAUGUGGCCUGCUCUCUGGGACCUCAGCCUUACUUUCAGGUAAUAUUGCCAGUGCCCUGAAUAAUUUGGAAGUCCUUCAGGACCUAAACCUAGAUCUUGCGUCUCUUCAAGAAGCCUUGAAUUUGCAAUCAAUCAAGGACAACACUCUAGAAGCUUUGAAAACACUGGACCUUAACAGUUUAAACCUCCUUGGUUUACAGGUGAAGAUCAAAGAACUGAACCUCUUGGACAUGAAAGCUUCCUCAUCUUCCGAUGGCAAUGCCAUUAUCGUGCAGGUGCCUGUCAGAGCGAAUGUCUCUGUGUUUCUGCCUCUUCUUGGCUCCACAGUGGACGUUGCUGUUUCCUUGGACGUCAUAAAUUCACUGAAUGUUAAAACUAAUGCCAAAACUGGCCUUCCCACUGUGGUCAUAGGGCAAUGCUCAAGUGAUACCGACAAUAUCUCCAUUUCCUUGUUGGGCAGACGAAGCGCCUUACUCAACAGAUUGUUGGAUGAAAUAUCUGGUCGCCUUACAAACGUAGUGAGCAACCUGCUGCAAAACCAAUUAUGUCCACUGCUCCAAUCGUUACUCAGCGACAUGGAUUCAAACCUUCUUCAAAACCUCCUCUCUAAAGUACAGUUGCCAGUCUCCCUCUGAAGAGGAAGGAGCCGAAGGAGGGACGCCAUGGCACUCCUGCUGGUUAGUCUCCAGUGGCUUCAUCUGACCCCCUGUGGCAUUUCUCUCUAGAAAUUGCUACCACUACUUGCACAAAGUCUGCCUGAGCCCACCUAGAGGACCCUCCCAGACUUCCUUCUUCUCCUAG